AUGGCGACUAUCAACGAAGCCAUUGAGAUCACCUCUGACUCAGGAGGAGAAGAAGAACGUCCACAGGUGCCCAGCACACCAGCAAUCAAGGCGUCAGCCUCAGUGCCUCCACGAAGCGUCGCUCACGACGUCGAGGCAACGCCGACUCCAACACAAGCGCCAGCACCUGCACCGGCUCCUUUGCCAAAUGAUGACUCAAUUCAGGAAGUGACGGCCACGUCAACAGCGCCAGCAGAGCCAGCUAGGCCUACCAACUUCCAACCAACCCCACGUCGUCUUUACGAUCUGCCCGAGUACGCCGACCGAUACACCCCAAUCUUCUCGACACUUGAAGAGGUCGUGUACCGUGAUCCGUAUGCAUUCUCGAUCAAGCCACCUUGUUGGCAAAAGUGGAGUGCCGAGGAGUAUCGUGCUUUCGCGGACUAUCUCGAGCUGGUCGAUUUGAAGCCUCUUUCGCGGAUUUUGGGCAAGCCCGUAGAGGAAAUUUACCACAUGUAUCACACGUUGGUCACAGGCCCCUUGCUCGAUGCCAGCAAUGCACGUCGCCGAGGUGAGGAGGGCAUGAAGAGUCUUUUCGAACUUCACAACAAUCAUGGAACCCCGAACAGAUCCUGGACCGCCGAAGGCAUCAGGGCUGAGUUCGAAGCUGCCACGUUCUUGACUGUCCACCUCAUUCUCGAGGAGAGUGGAAUCAAGCGCAAGAUCAAGCUGGCUGAUCUGACGAACGAUGACUUUUCUUGGAUCAAGCAGAACGUACCUCUGGAGCAGCGGAAGGUUCUGUCUGGGAUCGACAACGGCGUCAUCAACAAGCACGACACAGAGGACGGCCUGCCCCCGUGCGUGAUGUCGAAGCGCAAGGCAUCCCCAGAGCUCGAAACUCCCAGACCAGCCAAACAAGCUCGCCUUAUGAAAACCAACACCGCGCCUGCAAAGCUUCGGGCAACUCCGUCAACAUUCUCGAAUACUCCGAACGAUCUGACGGCGUCCAGUCAACGACCAGCGACACCAUCAAGGCCACAGCAGACACCACAACAGCAAGAUUCGGCUACCCUACCGGCGCAGACACCAGCCAGUCCCUUGGGCCCCCAAACGCCAGCAGCAAAACCGUCACUGUUGGCCAAGUUUCAAGCACCAUCGCCGAAGUCCCUUUACAGAAAGUGGACUGACGUAGGCCUGGAUGCGCGGUUCUUCGACACUGCUCCUUCGACUGUGGUACUAUUGGAACGAUCGAGCAGAGAACAAAUCGCCAUAUCCCGCUUUGCCAUGAACGACGAUGACAAGAAGUGGCUGAACGACAUGAGAGAUGGCAAACACAUCGAUAUUCAUGCGUGGAAGCCGCUCGUCAAAUCGCGAAGCCUGGGCACUCUUGAAGCUUUCCGUCCAUGGACUACUCAAGGCUUCAUUGCUCGAUUUGAGAGCAUAUCCCGUCUCACGGUACACGUUUUGCUUUUGAGUGACCGAACGCAGGCAACAGUCAAACUUGCGGAUCUCACGGACAUCGACAAAGCUUACCUUCAAGAGCACGUCAGUGGUGAGGAUAUGAAGACGCUGUUGAGCAAAGGCCAAACCGCUGCGCAAGCGGCUUCCUCUCAAGCUGCAUAUGAGAGAAGAGCUGCUACUGCUAUCAGCGAUGGUGCCGAAGAGGGGGCUGAUGAAGCUCAAGACGCUGCUGUGAGUGAGCGAGAUGCCCAGCCGAUCAGACACGAUUCAGUAUCACGUCAAGCUGUUGAUCCCGUCAAAGACACCGACGUACCUCCACCUGAAGGUGAAUCUGCGCAACAUCCCGACGAAGUGAUUACUGGUGCGCCGCCACGAAGCUGGACAGGCCGGAAGCUUGCUGGCAAGCUUGAAGGCAUCUCCAAGCACCAAGUCUUCCUCAGGCUUGAGAACCAGCAAGGACUUAACUUGAUCCCUAUGGAAGAGUGGUCAAGUGAAGACUACAGCUGGUUGAAGGGGUAUCUCACUCUCGAGCAGAGGAAGGUUCUUUCGGGGAAGGCAACAUGA